GUCAUUAAGCUGUCUAUCGUCUUAUUCUACCAGCGCAUCUUCCCAGUUCCUUCCAUGAUAUUUGCGUGCCGCUCAGUCAUGUUGUUUUUGGUUGCGUGGUACGUUGCAUUUCAAACAACUGCCAUCUUCCAAUGUGUCCCAAUACAUCACGAAUGGCAGAAGAAAACCACGAAGGGGCACUGCAUAGACUUUGUCCCUUUCGUGAUCACACUAGCUGCGACCAACCUGUGCACCGACGUCCUUUUGUUGGUUUUGCCCACACGAGAGAUCUGGAAACUCCAAAUCCCCUGGCCUAGGAAGAUCGGUUUGUCGAUUAUAUUUACCCUGGGUCUCAUUGUCUGCGCAAUCUCAAUUGUGCGCCUCGAAAACCUGAUUGCAAUCAGUGAUUCGGAUAUUACUUGGUCAGAUACCUACUCUCACCUUUGGACUGCCAUCGAAAGCAGCCUCGGAGUGGUGGUAUCCUGCCUGCCCAGCCUGAUGCCAAUU